GCAGCGUGGGCAGUGCAGAACCAGCGUGUGACCGCGGAGGAACCAUGGCGGCCCCUGCUCUCUCCGGCCGGGCUGGCUCGUCGGGCAGCCUCGGGAACAGCCCCACCAUGGCCGCCGGGAGGCUGCCGCACGGCGGCGGGCCCGAGCUGGACUUCAGGUCGGCGGCCCGCAUGGAGGACCUGAACCGGCUCAUCCAGGAGUUCAGCAAGCACGACCAGCGGGAGUACGACGACCAGCGGGCUCUGGAGAUCCACACGGCCAAGGACUUCAUCUUCUCCAUGCUGGGAAUGGUCCAGAAGUUGGACCAGAAGCUCCCGGUGGCCAACGAGUACCUCCUCCUGUCAGGAGGCGUUCGGGAGGGCGUGGUGGACAUGGACCUGGACGAGCUGAGCGUCUACGCCCGCGGCACAGACUACGACAUGGACUUCACCCUGCUGGUCCCUGCGCUCAAACUCCACGACCGCAACCAGCCGGUGACCCUGGACAUGAGACACUCGGCGCUGGGCCACUCCUGGCUCAGCCUCCGCCUCUUCGACGAAGGAACCAUCAACAAGUGGAAGGACUGCUGCACCAUCGUCGACCACAUCAACGGCACCACCAACUACUUCUUCUCCCCAACACUGGUGGCUGACUGGUUCUACCAGUCCAUCUCCCUGGUGCUGCUGGAGGUGCAGAAGAAGCCGCAGAGAGGAAUGCCGAGGGUGGAGAAGGUGGAGCGGAACGGCACCAUCAUCUCCGUCAUCCUGGGCGUCGGGAGCAGCCGGAUGCUCUACGACAUCGUCCCCGUGGUGUCGUUUAAAGGGUGGCCGGCUGUCGCCCAGAGCUGGCUGAUGGAGAAUCACUUCUGGGAUGGGAAGAUCACCGAGGAGGAGGUGAUCAGCGGCUUCUACCUCGUCCCCGCCUGCUCCCACAAAGGCCGCAAGGAGAACGAGUGGCGUCUGUCGUUCGCCCGCAGCGAGGUGCAGCUGAAGAAGUGCAUCUCGUCCAGCCUGAUGCAGGCGUACCAGGCCUGCAAAGCCAUCAUCAUCAAGCUCUUGUCCCGCCCCAAAGCCAUCAGCCCCUACCACCUCCGCAGCAUCAUGCUGUGGGCCUGCGACCGCCUCCCCGCCAACUACCUGGCGCAAGACGACUUCUCCGCCCACUUCCUCCUGGGCCUGAUCGACGACCUGCAGCACUGCCUCGUCAACAAGAUGUGCCCCAACUAUUUCAUCCCUCAGUGCAACAUGCUGGAGCACCUGUCGGACGAGACGGCCAUGCUGCACGCCCGCAAACUCUCCUCCGUGCGCUCCGACCCGGCCGAGCACCUGCGCACCACCAUCGAGCACGCCAAGGCCGCCAACAGGCUGACGGUGGAACUGCAGUGGCGGGGCAGCACCAACAACCUGCCAUCGCCGCAGUCCGACGCCGGCGGAGAGAACCAGCCCGACGACCGGCUGGCCAAGAAGCUUCAGCAGCUCGUCACGGAGAAUCCGGGCAAAUCCAUCUCAGUCUUCAUCAACCCGGACGACGUCACGCGGCCGCACUUCCGCAUCGAUGACAAGUUCUUCUGAGACUGACCUCCUCCUCCUCCCUCUCAGCCUUUCUCCUCCUCGCCUUGCCCCCACCUCCUCUGAAACUUAGUUUUUUUAAUUUUUUAUGUUUCUCUGCCACAGAGUGAAGUGAGGUGAUCGUCUAGUCGUGUCUGCCACAGUUUUUUAUUUUUUAUUUUUCUAUUCCCGUCCCCACCUCCUCCUCUUUCACUGUGUGCCCUGUGGUUUCUACCUGCUGAAUGCCUUUUACAGACAGCUGCACAGCAGCAGGUUGUUUUACAAAUGAAGGACGAGAUGGAAGUCCACCUUCAGCCGGCUCUGCUGCUCCAGUGUUCGUAGUUUGUAGUUCAAUAUAAUUAUCAGGGAUCCUGGAAAUGAGACGAGUCCACCAACUCCUGAAAUCGCGACGUGUGUCUCACGCCGGACUCGCCGUCGUUUAAAUUUGGCACUGACGGCAGAAACGAUGUGAAAGCGAGGAGCCGGGCUAAAAUCAGCUGCUUUGAUUGUGGGAAUUUCAGUGCUGGCGUGGCCGAAGCCUCAGUUUUAAUUUCAUUUUUACUUUUCUGUGAUAAAGUGAAGAACAAUCAAAGCAUGUCAUAAAUAAAUAAAUCCUAUUUCUGCACAGACUCAGCAUUUCCACCCGUGUUCUUCAGGCCUUCUGCAGUUCUCAUGUUGGACACCAGCCGAAUUCUGAUCGAUGGAGAUCUGAUCCUGAGCUUUUCAGUUUGUGGACUCCAGCUGUUCCACCUGCUCCUUAAAGACCAGACAAACUAAAACUCCUCAAAGACGAAUUUCUCCCAACGAUUUAGGAAGAAUUCGGUGACAAUCUGUUGGUUUUCCAGCACGAUGAAGCUCCAAGUUACGCGCUUCAACUAAGGCUCAGAGAUGAUCACAUUCAUAUUUGGAUCCGUGCAUGGAUCAUUGAUGAGGCAGGACUGGAUUUGUCCAGCAGAGAACUGCAGGAGUCUUGACGGUCGGUCUAAAUGCUGAUCAGUGCAGAAAAACUGAAGCGAGCACGAAACGAACGUUUGGCUCGUCAGCUGCUCUUCACCUCCACGCGCUCGUUCCUUGCGAUGAGGGCAGGGAUAGCUCAGUAGGUAGAGUGGUUGCCCCAUGAUCGGAAGGUCGGGGGUUCGACUCCACUGAACGGUUACCCUGAGGUACCCUGAGCAAGGUAACGUCCCUACACACUGCUCCCCGGGCGCUGCAUUGGUGGCUGCCCACUGCUUCACUGGGUGAAUGGGUUAAAUGCAGAGGAGCAAUUUCCCUAUGGGGACUGACACAUACACAUUAUACAUUAUUAUGACACGAGUACGAGGUUUUCAUAAUUACGAGCAAGUUACUCAAAAUAUCUAAUGACUCGUUUUUGCAGCAGCUCGGCGUUGAGCGUGAUUUUAUCCCAAAAGCAUUUCAGAGCUCGCUGAUCGGACGGCGGACGCUUUCAGGAGCUGCGGACAGCCUGAAGUCUCACGUCGAGGAGUAAAAGCAGCAGAGCUUGGACGAAGGUGGAUUUUGUCCCUCUGAGGAAUGUCUUAGUCCCACCGCGGGACGACGAUGAUGGUACUAACGUCUUAGAGACUAACUGUAAAUAGGUACAAAGUGACUGAACUCUGACGGGCAGAAGGAGGAACAGACUGACGAUGGUUUGUCGACUACUUUUCGUCUGAUUUUGCACAGAAUGUAAAAAAAAAAACCGCCGUGUUUCCUCUCGAUGGCGGACGCCGUGUCCUCCUCACUGUCGAAUGACGAUAUAUCAUAUCAGUUGAUGGUGACACUUUACCGACUGGUGGUCGCGGUGCACGCUGUAGAUGUUCUCAUUAACCGGCAGAGCUGCAGCGAUUGUGAUUGGUCCAAAGGCGCAGCUUCCCCUGAUGGAGUCUGACGGCUGAGCUGCCGGUUGGUGUUGCCUCUCGUUCGCCAACAGACGCCCUGGAUCCCGUGUAGUUUGCAAUGUUUUCCGAGUUUUCCUCAUUUCAGUUUGUUUUGAUGAGCUUGAGUGUAGUCCAGAAUCCUUCCAGACAUUCCAGGGUCCAGGUCCAGACGGAUGGCGUAGCUCGUGAUGGGGGCGUGGUGGGUUGACAUGAAGCUCGCAGCAGCGUUUCCGUUUACUGCUCAGGUUGAUCUGCUGCACGGCGACCACAGUCAGUAACGUGUCACUUCCGGCUCGAUAUCACCGGCCUCGCUCGCCACUUCCUCUUUCUCCAUCUUGUUUGUUUUGAUCACUAUUUAAUAAGCUUCACUGUAACUUAGUUUAUUAUUUCUAACCCGACUGAUGUUUACUCCGCAGCUGCUUCUUAGUGUUUGGAUGUCGAGGGUUCGACUCCCCUUCAGCGCCGCCGGCUCACCACGUGAUCGUCAGCCUUUCAGAUCGCUCGCAAAACAUUGGGACCAAAUCCCGAUUGGGACUUUUUACACUCCAACUGUAGGUGGAGGUUUGGUCUGAUGGAGCUCCAGGCUGGUUUCUGGCACAGUUACUGUGCAGUAAGCGAACGCUGUUUGGCUCCAGAAACCACCAAUUAUGUGGCAAACCUCAGUUUGGAGCUCAGGCAGCUUGGCGGUGGGACGUGUCUAAUGAGAUGGUGCUAUGAUGUCAUCAAGGGUGUUUUUGAGGGGCACAAAUCAUCACAGAUUUAGCCA